GAAUCUAGCGAACGUACAUUGUCCGACCCAAUUAAGUAUUAAGCAGAACAAGUUUGUGAGGAGGAUGAACGCAGGGAACGGCAAGAUUUGGAGGGAUCCAAGCUACGACUUUUGGAAAGACGGAGGAGUUACCAGCAAUAAGGCGAACAGUACUGAUUCCAAAGUUGGUGACGGCGAGGAGUUCGAUUUCCAGAGAAGCGGCGAGAAGGGCUCGGAAGAUCCGCCGUCGAAGCUGAUCGGUCAGUUCCUGCACAAGCAGCGAGCUUCCGGCGAUUUCUCGCUCGACAUCGAUUUGGAGAUGCAAGAGCUCAAGCAAGACGACCACGACGAUGACGACUUCACGCCGCUGCCACCUUUGGAGGAGUCGCCAUUGAAGAGCCGGAACAAGGUGUCCUUUCACGAGUCCGGCUCGAGCGAGGCCAAGACCACCAAGGUUUCAGUGGAGAACCAGCAGCGGCAGCAGGAGGAGGGGAGCGCAGAUGGGCAAGUCUUGAGGUGCACGUCGAACGCGUCGUUUCAUAGCAACAGCUCGUUCAAGAGGAAGUCGCGGCUUCUGACCACGGCAGCAACGAAGAACAAGUCGAGGCUCUUAGGCCCGCCUGAUCAGACGGACAAGAAAUCAGAUCGAGGCUCGAAAUUAUCGUUGUCGCCGAAACGCGGUGGGGACGACGACGAGGAUGACCCUUUUGCGGGAGAGGACUUGCCAGGGCAGUACAAGAAGGCCAGGCUCAAUCUGGUGAUCCUGCUUGAGUGGGUGAGUUUGAUCUUGAUUAUAGGUGCAUUAGUCUGUAGCCUCACUAUUCCUUACCUUAGGAAGAGGACUCUGUGGAAGCUCAUGUUGUGGAAGUGGGAGGUAAUGGUGUUGGUGUUGAUAUGUGGAAGGUUGGUCUCCGGCUGGGGCAUCAGGAUCAUUGUGUUCUUUAUUGAGAGGAACUUUGUUCUGAGGAAGAGGGUUCUUUAUUUUGUUUAUGGAUUGAGGAAAGCAGUGCAAAAUUGUCUGUGGUUAGGGCUGGUAUUGGUGGCAUGGCACUUCCUGUUUGAUAAAAAGGUUGAAAGAGAGACCAAUAGCAAGGCCCUAUUGUUUGUCACCAAGGUCUUGGUUUGUCUCUUGGUUGGCACAGUGAUUUGGCUUGUGAAGACUCUUAUAGUCAAGGUCUUGGCGUCUUCCUUCCACGUGAGCACCUACUUUGAUAGGAUUCAGGAAUCUCUGUUCAAUCAGUAUGUCAUCGAGACCCUGUCAGGGCCGCCGUUAGUCGAGAUGAGGAAAGCGGAGGAAGAGGAGGAGAAGAUUGCGGUCGAAGUUGAGAAGCUGCAGAAGGCGGGGGCUGUGAUACCUCCCGACCUUAAUGCGGCUGUAUUGCCAGAGAAAGGUAGUGGGAGAGUGAUAGGUAGCGGGAGAGUACAAAAGAGUCCUAGAGGAAAGGACAAGGGGGAAGAGGGGAUUACAAUCGAUCACUUGCAUAAACUGAGUCCGAAGAAUGUAUCUGCGUGGAAUAUGAAGAGGCUGAUGAAUUUGGUGCGAUAUGGGAACCUCACGACACUGGAUGAGCAGAUAUCAGGUCAUGAUGAUGAAUCUUCGAACCAAAUAAACAGCGAAAGUGAAGCAAGAGCAGCGGCGAAGAAAAUUUUCCAGAAUGUGUCUCGGCAGGGAUCCAAGCACAUAUAUCUAGAGGACUUGAUGCGGUUUAUGCCAGAAGAUGAGGCUGUCAAGACAAUGAGUCUAUUUGAAGGAGCAUCAGAGAGCCAAAAAAUUAGCAAAUCAUCAUUAAAAAACUGGGUGGUUAAUGCUUUUAGAGAACGAAGAGCGCUAGCUUUGACGCUGGAUGAUACUAAGACAGCUGUGAACAAACUCCAUCGGAUGGUCAACAUUCUAGUUGGCAUCCUCAUAGCCAUUGUAUGGCUCCUUAUACUAGGAAUUGCCACGAAAAAAGUUCUGCUUCUCAUAAGCUCCCAGUUGCUGCUUGUGGUAUUCAUAUUUGGAAACAGCUGCAAAACUACAUUUGAAGCGUUAAUUUUCUUGUUUGUGAUUCAUCCAUUUGACGUCGGCGAUCGUUGUGAAGUUGAUGGGGUGCAGAUGGUUGUGGAAGAGAUGAACAUCCUAACGACUAUUUUCCUAAGGUACGACAACCAGAAGAUAAUAAUUCCGAACAGUGUUCUUGCUACUAAGGCCAUCAGUAACUACUAUCGAAGUCCCGAUAUGGGCGAUGCAGUUGAAUUCUGUGUGCACAUAUCUACACCAGCUGAGAAGAUUGCAAUGAUGAAACAGAGAAUAAUAAGUUACAUUGAGAACAAGAAGGACCACUGGUACCCCGCACCAAUGUUCAUAUUCAAGGAUGUGGAAGAAUUGAACAGGUUAAGAAUAGCAGUUUGGUUGACGCAUAGGAUGAACCACCAGGACAUGGGCGAAAAGUGGGCAAGAAGAGCCAUCCUGGUGGAGGAGAUGGUCAAGAUUUUCAGGGAACUUGACAUCCAAUACCGGUUACUGCCCCUCGACAUCAACAUCCGUGCUAUGCCUCCAGUGACCUCAACCGCUCCUCCUACCUGGACUACACCUUCUGGCUGAGUACAUGCAGGGCAGGGGGUUUGUUUUAGUAAAAGGGAAGAUUCAAUUAGAAAACAAGAGUGUCCUGAUAUUUUAAAAUGUCCAGAUGCCAGAGCAAUUUGCAUAGAAUUAGCUUUGAAUGGGAUCGGUUGUUUUCGAAUAUCUUGGCUGGUCUAACUAAAUUUAGUUUGAGGUACAUAUACACUGGAGUAAGAGCCUCUGAGUAUGGGCAGCACUGGAGUCUUCUUUAUCCAUUUCUUUUCAUAUA